AUGACAUCACCAAUCAACGAGUUGCGUCCAGAGAGUGAGCGGGAUAUUCUCACAUCUUUGGGGGCUGGGCCGAGAACCUCUCUGACGACGCAAGUUCGACUCAUGGAGACCGCUAUCUACGAGAACAGUACUGCCUCGUAUGUCCCCCAUGUUUCUACACUUGGUGAAAGUAUAAAGAAUGUUCUGUGUGACAACGACGACUUCAAGGCUGACAUUCCCACUGUUGGCAGUGGUGAAGAUCUAUGCGCUCUUUGGAGACCAUCAUUUGCUUGGCUCAUGGACGAGAUGAUCUACCCUUACCCCUUCGGUGACGAACACACUACGAGAUGGUUCGACCCGCUCAUCGAUUGGUGUAUCAUUAACGCCGCCGCCAACAUUCCACAAGGCACUGUUUUCGUUGGACGGCAAACACUCAAGCAGCAGUUGGCCACAAGUGUGACAGCAUCCAAGAGAGCAUCACAUGCUCAGCUGGCACUCACUUGUACUGCUCAAACUGCCUCGUCUACUGAUGGUAUCACAUUACCUAGUCACGGCUCCCUCGCAUCCAGAUCAAAUGCCCAAGGAGCACUUUCACCGCCUACUGCUACUUCAACGCCAUCCUUGCAGAGUCAUGAGAGUUCUAUGAACAUUCCUUAUGAUAGCCUGAAGAAGAAGAUCAAGGCUGUCGUUGGUGAGCCGCCAGCUAAGGAACUUGUCUUCGACGGUACCUCAUCAGAGAACUAUCUACAGUGGCGUGUUGCCAUCCUGGAGAAGUUAAAUGAGUUCGACGACGUUCCCAACCGCGUCCAAGCUGAAGCUGUCUUGGCCUGCGUGGCUGGUCCUACCAAGGCAUCCUUAAAGCGGGAUGCCCCCCGUGAUAUCAGGGGUGCGCGUGGUGCCAUGGCCAUCAUUGAUCUCUUGGACAAGCGAUUCAGAACCAGCCUUGCGCUCAAGUCUUUCGAGACCAAGUUUGAAGGCCUACAUCAAGAACCAGGGGAGUCACUGUUGAGCUAUGCAACACGGUUUCAAAACCUGUUGCAUGUCAAGGUCUGCUCUUCACCUGACGAACAGCUCAAGGACUCUACCAUCAUUCGCCACUUCACUCGUGGCUUACGCGAUGCUGGGGCAAUAUUAUCGGCGACACUUAUCGACCCAUUAAAGACGAUGGACUUUCACACAUUCAAGGACUCCCUCCUUGCCGUCCGCGAUGAUAUGCCCUCAGCUCUCACUGCAAUCAGUAACGCUGCAUCUACUGGUGGUAAUCGCCCCAAGCCCCAGACGACAAAGUCCGGCAAGCACUCUGAGGAUGCGGACGUGGUGGCGAUCUGCCUCUCUGCUGCGACCGAUCUGGGACUCAACAAGGACGCCUGCUUAAGAUGCGGCAACAGUGGUCACCUUGCAGCGACAUGUCCUACUCCAUCCGAUGCUAUUGUACGUCUUGCUGAUCGCUGCCGGCGCUGUGGUUGUAUCAAAAAAGAUGGUCACAAAUGUAACUAUAAACGGUUCGUCUGUGGUCGUUGUCGACGUCGGAAUCACCUCGCUGGGGUUUGUUUGAAGACCCUGUCGGCUCCUAAUUCCCCUACCCCUACAGCCACCGACACUCUCACGAUUGUCAAAACAGCUGCUGUGAAUGUAAGUGCCAUUCAAGUGGACUGCCGUAGCUCAGCCACUUCACUCCUUCACGGCGUACCCGCUGACCCGACCAUUAAUCUGCGAUUCGGCAAAGAUCCUCUCAUCGAGUACUGUGAGGUGCCAGGACUGGUCGACACUGGUGCCAACCUUUCCCUAAUGGAUUAUGGUGUGUUUCAUUUCCUCAACAACAACAACCUUAUCUCUGCAGGAGGCCUGCAGCAGCUAUCGGCACCAGUACACGUCACUUUUGGUAAUCAUUCUACCACCGACACAUCCCAGGUGCUCACCACAACAUGCUCCAUCGCAAGUGAUAACACUCUUACGGAGAAGAUGACAUUUCUACUGGUUCCGCACUGCAACCCUACAGUCAUCAUCGGCCGCAACAUGUUCUCUGCUCUGGGAAUCCGGCUCAAGUCUGACAAGGUGCGUAUUCUACCAUAUCUUGGAUGCUGCACCACCUCCACCCAGACCCAAGUAUCAUCGGCCCAGUCCUCCGAGCUCACUAGUUCUCCAGCCAGCGUGCCUGGGCACGGGGCUAUACCUUGUCUCUCGGUGUGUUCUCGGGCGGUAGCGUGCGCGACGACUCCUCUCAUCGAGCGUGUUGUGGAAGACGGUCAACCCCGCUUAGUCGCCCACUUACCCGCCAUCGAGAACGCCAAUGUUUAUCCUUACCGAGCUGCUAAAAGACGUCGCCCGCCCACCGAUGAUGCCAUCAUACACAGUAAGCUUUUAGAAAUGUCUGCUCUCGGUAAGGCCUCUCUGGCCUCUGACAAGGAUGUCACUGUCGUUUGUCAACCGGUACUGAUCGACAAGUGGGACCAAGCGGAUGGUACUUCCAAGCAACGUACAUUUCCUCUCAGCGAUGCUGAGCUCAAGAGGUAUCGCCUUACUAUCGACUGUCGCCCACUCAACAACCUUCGGCUACUAGUGGAUGCUGACGGUACCUUUCUGUUCAUGCCGGUCGACGGUGCUCAAGGCACCAGUUGCAAGGGUAACGAGGAGCACGUCUACAAGCAGUAUCAGCGCGGUGCCACUGUGCUUCUGCGUGAUAUUCCGGGUGAACACAUGGGUUAUUGGAGUAAAGUUGAUCUCGAGGAUGCCUAUGGUACUCUCCGCGUUUCAACUGCUCUCUCACGGUUGUUCGGCACUGUCAGCAUUGACUCUAAUGGCCAACAACAUGUAUGGACGUUAAGAAGCCUCGCUCAAGGCUGGCGAUGGGCUCCCCUAUUAUUUCAACUGGCAAUGACCACUAUCAUUGAUGAAGAUAUUAACCCGGCCCUUGCCAAAGCCGGAUUGAAGGCCUCAGUCAUACAUGUUCAAGACGAUAUCUUGAUCGCCAGUUGUGACAUUGACACCGGUAACCGGGCGUUUAUUAUCGUCACUGAUAUUCUAGAGCAACGUGCUGGUUUCAUCGUCAACCGCGUCAAGUCCCAACCUCCUGGGAAGAUCGCUGGCUUCUGUGGUCUCCAACUUUGUGCGAAGACCUACCGGCCUACGCCAAGCCGCAGGGAGUUCACUGAAGCCACCUACACUCUGGCUCUGAAUGACUUCAUCAACUGUAAUCCCAUCAGAGGCAAAAGAGGUAAGAAGAAAGCUGCUACCACGGGCAAUCAACUAAGGGACCGUCGUCUACAGUGGCUCAGAAGCUGGUGUGGUGUCUUCAACUAUCUCAAUGGCCAUCUCUCCCCGGAGGCUCAACAUGCUCUCAAUCAGCUAUACUCCGUUACCAAGAUCUAUCAAAACGAUGAUUCUUCUACUGAGGACUUUGAUGCCACAAUCGACACUGUCUCAUCAGCCUUCCGUGUAUUGGCUGACUUCUACCUCAGUGGAGUGAUACCGUGUGCAAUUGGAAAUGAUGGCAUUGCUACUCUGGUGGUCACUGACGCCAACGCUGACGCCUAUGGCGGCAUCAUACUCAGGAUUAUAAAAGUCGGUGCUGGUGCUGAAGAGUUCGCCGCGGCCACGAAAACUGUGCUCAAGCAUGUUCCUGAUCUCGGAGUGCACUUGGAUGAGGACACCAAUCUUCUGGCUGUGGUUCCCAUCAAGACCUGCGGAGCACGUUGGUCUCGGGUGGAAUCAUCAAGGAGCUCUACAUGGCGAGAACGAGCCGCACUCCUCAACGUGGUUCAAUCUUGUCAAGCUCUACUUUUCGGUAAAUGCAUCGCCAUCAUCGACAACAUCAAUGCCCAACGAGUAUGGAACGAGCUUGAGGCCGAAUUCAGUGUGGGCAGUUACCUCAGCAAAUGGCAGAUAGUCCAGCGGCAUAUCCACUCGUUCGCCUGGGCCCCUCGUGAGACUCUGCCUGCCAUCGCCGAUGCCAUCGCAAGGAGCAUUUCACCCAAUACUCAUGGCGUCAAUGUCCAUAUCUCCAGUGCCCAGGUUGCCGCCACUGAUGGCCUGCAUUUCAAGCCCGACUACCUUCCUGGCUACCAACUAAGAGCAGUCUUCAUGGAGUGGCGUAGUACAUCGUGCACCAAGGAGUUCACCACGUUCGAUGACGACUUCGACUGUUUGCAGUGGCUAGCCAAGGCUCAAGCUGAAUGUCCCCAACUUCAACAACUUCGGCAAGUCAACCCCGGGAAGUAUCAACUCAAUGAUGCCGGUCUACUACACGUCAACGGCCGCUAUAUGGUACCCAAAUGCUACGGACAAGAUAUGAUACGGAGAGUUCACGAGUCGUAUGCCCAUUGUGGUGUCGCUCAGUGUAUAUCUCUCAUCUCUUCCGUCUUCUAUCUAGUUGGCCUAGCUAUGGCUGUGGCGAAAGUUCUCAGUCGGUGUCGUUGCUUCUUCAUCAGAGCUGCUCGCCUUCAUCGGCCCCCCUCGGGUACUCUAAAGAGGAGGAGGGAAGUGAUGGAGCUCAUCUAUGUUGACAUUGUUGGACCUCUACCUCUCGGACAUCUUGGACAGUCGAAGUUUCGUUAUAUUCUGACGUGGAUGUGUGCUGCCUCCCACUUCAUUGGUGCCAUCCCUCUUAGCUAUGCCACCUCCGAGGCCGUUGCCAAUGCAUUGGAGCGUAAUGUCAUCGACGUCUUCGGCCGAGUGAAGGAGAUUGCGGCAGACAACGGCAGCCAAUUCCGUUCAGCCUCCUUUGCCGCAUGGUGUGGGUCCCUAUCUAUACGAUGCUGGCAUAUACCCGUAUUUGCGCCUUGGCGCAAUGCUCUACUUGAACGCCAACACAAGUCUAUUAAAGCUAGUCUGAAGGUCCUCAUCGACUCCGUCGAGCAUCGCUGGCCUCAGUAUCUCAGCAAGGCUGUCUCCCGUUGCAAUAACCGAGAUCUUGGUUCUGGUAUUACCCCGUCGAUGCCCAUGUUCGGUGAUGAUCGCACGGCACUCCGCAGAUUCUGUCCUCCGAAUCCAGCCACCAUGGCCUCUUCUCUCAACGAUGCUGUUCGUGCCAUCGCCGACAUUCGCAACAAAAGGUUGGUAACUCUAUUUGGUGAUGCCGACAUCAGUGUCUCCCCUGUCCCCGACAACCAUCUCUCUCGGCGCCACAAUGAGUUCAAGAUCGGUGAUGUUGUGCUGCGAUGGACUCCAGCAGCAACUGGUCUCCAACCAAAUUGGAAAGGACCGCACACUGUUGUUGCUACCCCCGGUCACUUUACUGUGCUCCUGAGUGACGGAAGUCUGCAAGAUACUCGCAAUGUGCGUCGUUAUUUUGGGAAGGGAGGAGUUGUAGAUGGAUGA